AUGCAGCUCUCGGCAACGACCCUCCUGCUCGCGCUCACCACCUUGGUGGCCGCAAGCCCCCGCCACUCCGCUCCCGAGAGCAACGUAGCUCUCGUCGAGAACCACCCCAACAGCAUCGAGAUCCACAUCAACGGCGCCAAAGUCGGCAUCGACGUCGGCUCCUCCGUCCCAUCCGGCAAGGUCGGAACCAAGUCCGAGCAGAUCCCUGGCUGGAUGUUCUUCGACGGCAAGCGCCUGCAGGCUCGCAUCCACGGGAACACAUUCUGGAACAUCAAGGGCGAGCACGAAGACACACGUGCUAACACUCUCCCCUCCACCACCCCUCCAGUCGCCCAAGCCCUUCCCAUGGACGAGGUUCUCCUCGACCCCAUCAUCUUCUGCCUCAACCACCCCAGCGACUUCGACGGCCCCUUCACUGGCCGGAUCGGCCGGGGCGAGAUCCUGAUGACGUGGGAGAAGUCCGGUGCGACCAUAAGGGGCCGCAGCGGACUCGGCGACUUCGAGAUCAAGGGCACCACGGAGGUUGACUGGUCGCCAUAA